AUGGCAUUCAACGGAGGAUUCCCUGAGCAGCGCCCCUAUGCCGGGCCUGCUGCGCGCCGCCCUGCUCCCGGUCCCGGAGGGAACUUCGGCCCCCCGCAGCAGCAGCAGCAAUUCGACCAGUACCAAGACGAGUACGGGGGCUACGGAUACGACCAGUACGAUGAUGGUUACGAUCAAGGUUACGGCCCGCCCCCGCCGCAGGACAUGAACUACGGACGAGGUAGGCCACCCCCGAACGGAGGCUUUCCACAACAAGAUCCCUACGGCCCCGGAAGAGGAGGUCGUCCGCCGCCGCCCAAUGGACGCGGGGGACCGGUGAUGAGAGGCCGAGGUGGUGGUCCUGCGCCGGGCCCUGGACGUGGCUAUACCCCUGGCCCUGGAGGUCGACCAGGCCCUCUGGAGCGCUCCGGCUCGUCAGAUCCGUCUGCUAAUCGCGGAGGGCCCCCGAUGAUGAGCCCCAACGAGCAGGACUUUGGCAGCCCCUUUCCAGUCUUUCCCGGCCAGCAACGACGAUCGGAUUUCGACGAGGAGUCCCGCAUACUGGAUGGCAUGGAAAAUCUCGACAUGAACGGGGGAGGCCGCCGCCCUGCGCCGAGAAGACCGACGAUGCAAAGCCAGACCAGCGACAGUCCACACAGAGGCCCAGGAUCGAGGAGGCCGACCAUGGACGAUGGGUACGGCGGCAGGCCUUCAAUGGACAGUCAGAGAGGAGGACCGGGGCCACGAGGACCGCCGCCUCAAGGCUUCCCCGACAGGCGUGGACCGCCGCCGGGGCCUGGCUACGGAGGAUAUCAGGACGACGGAUUUGGGCCGCCGGGGCGCAGCAUGACAAUGCCCAACAACGUUGAGCCGCCGAUGGGUAUGGGCAUGCGCCAGCCGCCGCGGACAGAUAGUGCGCCUUUCCCUGGCCCGGGUGGCCGCGGCAUGCCACCGAGGCCGUCAACAGCCCAAGGCAAUCGGCCGCCUCCUCGAAGAAUAUAUCCCGACCAAGGACCGCCGGGACCUCCCGGACCACCAGGCCCUCAGCAGUUCGAUGCCUACGAACCGCCCAAGCAAACCCCAUGGGCUGAGCCGGUGCGGGCGUCCUUUGGCGACUUUUACGAUGCUUACUAUCACCCGCGCAAUAGUGAUAACCAGUAUCCGCCUGGACGACCCAACGACAUGCCCGAUUUCGAUGCCGGCCCGGAUCAAGGGCAACGGAGCUCAUUUGAUCAGCACAUGCGCCCGGGACCCGGCCCGGAGAUGCCCCAGCACGUUGCGGCGCGCAUGCCUGAGCUCAGCCGAACAAAGUCUCAGCCGAACCUGCGCGAACCACAGGCCGCCGUUUUCGAAAUGGCCAGUGACCUGCCUCCUGUCCCUGCCGGAGGCUUCCAGGCCUACCAGCCGGGACCCCCUGGUGGACUUCCCCAGGGGCCUGCGCCGAAUAGGCAACCCCAAUCUGGACCCGGCUCUGGGCAUCCGGCCCCGAUCCGCCCAGGCCUGAUGCCAAACUCGAUGGUGAACAUGCAGGAUAAGCCUCCGCCGCAGCGGCAAUAUACCGGUCCGCCUGCAGCAGCUAUCGGGGCUCAGGGGAGAAAACAGCCGAGUCCCGCGGCGAACGGCCAACCGGUGGAACACAUCCCGGUCACGGUAGAAGAACUGGAACACCUGCGCGCCGUGAUCAAGAGUGAUCCCAACGACCAGCAAUCAGCCCUCACACUUGCCAAGAAGCUGAUCGAAGCGUCCGACGUCCUGGUCCCGAGACUGCCCGAUCCCAAGGCUCGUGCACGGUCGAGAGAAAGGUACAUCAUGGAUGCGCACAAGAUCCUCAAGAAGCUUGUGAGUGCGCAAAACCCGGACGCCAUGUUCUUCCUUGCAGACUGCAUGGGCCGUGGAAAUCUUGGGUUCGAGCCGGACAACAAAGAGGCGUUCACUCUCUAUCAGUCAGCUGCCAAACUGGGCCAUGCUGCUGCCGCUUACCGAACGGCAGUAUGCUGUGAACUCGGCAACGAUGAUGGAGGUGGCACGCGCAAGGACCCCCUCAAGGCGAUCCAGUGGUAUAAGCGAGCUGCUACUCUUGGAGACCCCCCUGCGAUGUAUAAGGUUGGAAUGAUCUUGCUCAAGGGACUGCUUGGUCAGCCUAAGAACCCUCGCGAGGCCGUCGGCUGGUUGAAGAGAGCAGCAGAGCGGGCUGAUGCCGAGAACCCGCACGCGCUACAUGAGCUGGGUCUUCUGUACGAGUCUGCACAGCCAAAUGAUGUCAUCCUGCGUGAUGAACCGUAUGCCUUGUCGUUGUUCCAGCAGGCCGCAGAACUGGGCUACAAGUUCAGUCAGUUCAGGAUGGGUUGUGCGUAUGAAUAUGGUCUCAUGAACUGCCCCAUCGACCCGCGCAUGUCCAUAAUGUGGUAUUCGCGGGCCGCGACCCAAGAAGAGCACCAGUCAGAGCUCGCCCUGAGUGGUUGGUAUCUGACGGGCAGCGAAGGAGUCCUGCAGCAGAGCGAUACCGAGGCGUACCUCUGGGCAAGAAAGGCGGCCCAGGCUGGGUUGGCAAAGGCCGAGUACGCCAUGGGCUACUUUACAGAAGUUGGCAUCGGCAUUGCUGCGAACAUGGAAGACGCAAAGCGUUGGUACUGGCGUGCUGCUGCCCAAAACUUCCCCAAGGCUCGUGAGCGGCUGGAAGAUCUGAAGCGCUCUGGAAAGAACGGUGGUCCUCGCCAGCGCGAGCGCAUCUCGCGAAGCAAGAUUGGCAAGCAGCAGGAGGGAGAGUGCUCCGUGAUGUAG